UGACCCUGAACCAUCAUGCACAAGUACGUCUUGCUGUCCAUGCUACACACCUCCAUUCUAAAUGAUUGGUACAGAAAUCCGCCUGACGACACAUCGCGUCCUCUCCGCUCGUCCUGGAAGUGGCCCCACUUUCCAGGUAUGCACGAUCCUAGUGAUGGCAUUCCAGAGGAAGUGUACAAGGAGCUUGUGAGAUACACAAAGUAUGCAUCUGGCGCAUAUCAAGUUCUAUGCCCGCGCCCGAUGGGAAAUGUACUGGUUACCCAGUUUACAGAUGUAAUUACGGCCACUCAAGGAUUUGUUGCUCGCGAUGACACGAGGAACGAACUUGUGGUUUCCUUCAGGGGCAGCCGUGAGAUUACGAGUGCGAUCAUCGAUACAUCCCUCGUGCUUUCUACACUUCGUGGACCAGGCCUCCCUAAGAACACAGAUGCACAUGUGCACACAGGCUUUCUUUACGCUUUUAAGAGCGUUGGAGAGUUCGUGCUUGAUGCCUUACGCGAGCAGUUUGAAAAAUAUCCCCAGUAUGAUGUAGUUGGUGCUAUUGCAUGCAUCGCAGCACUCUCUAUCAGGAACAGUUUCCCUGAAGUUGCGUUGCGAUUAUUCACACUUGGCCAGCCGAGGACAGGGGAUCAUUCAUUCGCCGAGCUCGUGGAAAUUAUGAUUGGAAUUGACAAUAUUUUCCGAGGCGUGCACUCAUUCGGUAUGUUCCGUGUACGUACUUUCUUUAUAUACUUGACGCCAUACUUAGAUGGCGUGCCGACGAUGAUUCCUACGAGGCUGGGUUACAGACAUCACGCUACUGAAUAUUGGCAGUUUACCGAACCGCCGGCUCCGCGCCACGUACGUAGAUGUGUAGGUGGGGAAGACCCAGAAGGGAGUGCGUCGAUACCAUCAACUGGGAUCAACCUCCCGCAUAUGGUGUAUUUCGAACAGCACAUGGGGAAGCAAUUGCAGUCUGAUCCCACCGUUUGCAUCUGACAUCCGCGGUUGUUAGAUCCAGCCUUUUUGAUAACUGGUGCACCUCUUAAUUUUGCGUGUAUUUCUUUCCUCGAUCCUACUACUUGGCGCGUCCGCGGAUUAUCUGAGCUGAGUCUCGUGGAUGAUUUGGUUCCACUACUUGGGUACUCGUUGUGUCAACGUUGUGUAUUACUGUGCAAAUCACCAUCAUCAUUGACUUAAUGUUUGCUUGAAGCCU